AUGGCAGGAGAGGUAGAAAUUGACGUAAUUCUUAACGAAGGAGUCAACCAAUCUCUUAACUCGAGUCUUCUAAACAGCUGUAUUGAGUACCUUAUAUAUCAACGACAACAAGUUCCGCUGCCUUUCCAUGAACUCAAGAGAAUCGUAGAAGAUCAAAAAAAGAUGUAUGAUGACUUGGAUACUGGUGUAAGCAGUGCUAGGGAACGUCCAGUGGUAGGGCGAUCCCUCAACAGUGAGGAAAAGAAAGCUGUCAAAGUAUACGAAGACUUGCAAUGUUUAUUUGAUCACAUAAACCAGUUGUUCUUAUCAGCAGACGUCAAGUCCGCCAUGAUUCUUCUGGGCUCGACAGCAGUCAGCCCCAAGGAAAGCUAUUACGUCACGUUUCCAAGAACUAACCAAGGAAAUCAUACGGACCUUUCAUCCAGGAUAUGCGGCUCAUCCUGUCGCAAAAUGAUACGAAGCUUGAUCUCGAAUCAGGAGCUUGGUUCUUUCAAGGAGAUUUCUGCUACUUCAAUGUUAGUUUUUAUUCAAGCUAACAGAAACUCUGUUAUUGAGUGGUUUCGACCAAAACCCACUUUCAAACCACCACAAAGGGGUCAAUCUUGUAAAAUAAUUCUCAGGACCAACGCUGAGCCAGAGCUGGAAGACAGCACUGAUGACUGGAUAUGGUUCCAGGCUCCAGUUAUCGUGAAAGGGUACAGGCAUAAGACAGGAAGUGCAGGUCUCUAAAAUUCUGAAAUACAGUGCACACUUAUGGGCUCAGUUAUUUAAAACCCUAGUGUAAUGCAUCAGUCAAUUCCACCCCUGGGAAUUUGCCAUCCAAGGCAAAAAAAUGCUAAUGCCCAGGGGUCAGGCCGGGGGGGUGCUGGGCACAGCUGGAAUUGACUGAUGCAGAACUGCUGUAUGCUAAAGAAAAAGCUAAAGAAAUACACAGUCAUUUUCUCUCUUUUCUUAUUUUGUUCUUUUCAUUUUUGUGACAUUUUAAGAAUGACUAAUACAUGGCAUAAUUAUUGUAAGUACAGUGUAAGCUCUCGUGAGUGGACACCCUCAGGGCACAAGAAGGUGUUCAUUACUAGAGCUGGCUGGGAAUGUAAAUGUAAUGUACUUUGUAUUUUUCUUUUUUCAUAAUGUUUAGCUGACCCCAUGCCAUCAAUCUCCGGCUUUGAAGGGUAGGCGUAACUGGUAAAUAAUAAAUAAUACAGAGUUUGUAUGGGAGUUUAGAUACGCAGGGUUUUGUGAAGGCUGCCUUAAGUAGAGCUGUCCGCUUGCGAGAGUAUUUACAAUAAGGUUACAGUAGUUAUAUCUUGGCUAAAAUCCUUUCUCAGGUUAAACUAGACCCUGGUAACCUAGGUUGAAUACCCUAACAGAAUUCAACCAACAAGUUACAUUGUGUUUUGCACAGUUUGCUCAGACUAUAUUAUAUGCCCCAUUCACACCAACUUAACAUGAAAAUGGAAAAUGGAAAUGAAAAACAGCAACAGAAAACUAGCACAUCUAGCUAGGCUUUUACAUAACAUUCAAAUGAAUUUUAACAUGUUACAUAAUUGCACUAAAUUUGCCAUCAGUUAAAGUACGAAAGUACUAAUUAGAAAGUACUACUAGAUACAGGACUACCAUUUUACGUGGUCAUUUGAGGUUGUUACGUGACCAAUCAGAUUAUGACUAUUGUCUGACAGUACUGUUGAAAUAAAUUACAUAUUUUUUUCUUAAACUACACCAAGGGUUAACAAUGUAAUUAAAUAGUAUUUAUAUGAUCUAUCCUCUAACAAACCUCUUGGAAAGUGAACUGUUGCUAUCUGUUACUUAGAAAAACUUAUGUAGAAAAUGCUGUAUUUGUGUCUAACAGUAUUACUAUUGUAGAUGGAUUUUAAUACUUGCAGCUUACAAUAACCAUGUUUCAUUCUAGACAUCAACUCGGAUAAUUUACAAACUAUAAUUAAUUAUAACAUAUGAUUUUAGUUUUUUAGAAAUAUCUGUUGUGUCUCUAUUUGGAGGUACUUAAUAGAAAUUAUUUUCCCCAAAGCAGGCAAUUUUUAGUGAGAAGAGAUUUCUGAUGAACAAUUUGAAGUUUUU